CGUUUCAAAAGUAGGUGUGUUUUAUUUCUGUCUGUGAUGUGUUGCUGUGUUACCCAACCGGCAGCAGAGCACUGAAACCCAGGAAGUUAAUGCAAUUGGAGAGCGCAAAGAAAGCAGUUGAGAAGGGAGUACGGAGUACACCGUAUGCAAAAUCAAUAACCGACAUCAGAAGUAGAUAAUUAAAUAGCAUGUUAUAUAAUCGGGACGGGAGGCUUCUGCAUGUUCUUAAAUAGGUUGAUAUAUGUUACUUUCACAUUUGCUUCGCUACAGAAGUAAUGAAUAGUUGGAGAACUGAAAUUGAAAGAUCUAACAUUAUAAAAGUGUCGUUUUUAUUUGUAUAAAAACAGUGGGUACUUUUAAAAUGACUCUCAAUUCAUUUAAAAUGUAUCCACAAAAUGAAAAAUAUUAAUACAGUAUAUACGUAUUGUGAUACAAACAGUCGCCUUGCUUGAGUUUGGGGAGGUCAGAGAUGGGGCAUGGAUGAAACGUCAGAUUUUUUGUUAUUGAAGAUUAUUUUGGUUGGAGACGCUUUGGUUGGGAAGACCUGCGUCCUGCAAAGAUAUAUCGAUAACAGCUUUCAUCAUUCCUACGUGUCUACAAUUGGGAUUGAUUUCAAGGUGAAGACUUUACACUUAAAUGACAAAUUCAUUAAACUUCAGAUCUGGGAUACAGCUGGGCAAGAGCGUUUCCACACCAUAUCAACUCGUUAUUUCCGAGGAGCCCAUGGGCUGUUAAUUAUCUAUGACAUCACAAAUUCAUUGAGCUUUGAAAAUGUUGUUGGAUGGAUGAAAGAUGUUGACGCGAAUGCAGGUGAAGAUGUUGACAGAGUCAUUUUAGGAAACAAGUGUGACUUGGAAGAAAAACGAAUCAUCUCUAAAGAAAAAGGAGAGAAGCUUGCCUGGGAGCAUGGAGUGAGGUUCUUUGAGACAAGUGCUAAAGAUAAUGUAAAUAUUGAAAAGGCUUUUUUGGCUCUUGUGCAAGAUAUAAUGAACAAGAAUUAUAUCUACGGUCAAAGGACUGAUGUGGUCAACCUUAAAAAAACAGAAAAGAAAAAAUGUUGUAGCAGAUGAUAAACUCUUUCUGAAGAACAGGACAAUGCCUCUGUCAAAAAAAGUAUCCUUGAAGCUUUGUAUAGCUCAGGUUAUAUAUAUAUAAAACCACCAAAUUAUAUAUAUAUUCAAGAUCUGUCAUCUCCUGUUAUAUUAUUUUUGGUGGUCUUUAAGCCUCUUUCAUCACUUUGCAUGUUGGAGAUGUUAAACUGAUUGGUCUGUAGUUACUGGGGUCACUGCAUAUAUGGUUAUAUUUGGAAGAUAUUUUCAAAUAUUUUUAUUAUAAUGUAUUUUUUGUUUUCAUUUUACCUCUCCUUUAUAUUCUGCUUGACUAUUACAUCUGUUACUAUUGCAAUUCUGUGUAUUCCACAUUGACUGGUCUCUGAAUUUAACUCAUGCUAUUUUGUUAUUCUGACAGUCAUGAAAUUGUUCUAGACUGUAAAGGAAACCAAUAUCAGCAUAGAACAAUCUGGUUUUACUGAAUCGUACAAUUGUUCUUGCCCAUAUAUGGUUAUAAGUGUCCUUAGUAAUGAUCCCACACCCUUUUUAAAACAAGUUAAUUAGCACUUUGAUCAGACAUAUUCACGAUGGAUGAAAACAUGUUGUUCUACAAAAUAAUACAUAAGUUUCCACGUGAAACUCACAUUUAGAUCACAUAAAAAUCACAAUAUCUAUAUUUUAUACUGCUGUUUUCAUUUUGCAGCCCAUCCAUAAUCAGUUACAUUUCUUUGAAUAAAAAGCUGCAUUUUCAUUUUAAAAACAUACGCGCAUCUUUCUUGUAAAUAUAUUUAAAAGCAGGCUAUUAGGAUGAAUUAACACCACCUACUGUUACAGGUGCAAUACUAGAUACAACCUGGUGAGGUCCCCACUACUUUAAAUGUAAUGUAUUAACAUUGGUCAUUUAUUCUGUCUCAGUUAAUACAGUUACCAAAUACAAUUCCCAAAUGUUUAGUUUAAAGAUUAGAUACUUUGUUUUGUUUAUGUGUACAGUGUUUGUCAUUAGUCAGUGUUUGUUUCUCUUUCCUGUGUUUCUUUCUAUAAAUCCCACAGUGUAUUUUUAAAGAAGUGUUUAUUUACCCAGAUAAUACAAUUCUACUUUAAAUCAAUUAAGUUUACAAUACCUUCAUUUGUUUAUUGUCAUAGUAUGCAAAUCAAAGAUAUGUGAUUGUCCUGUACUUAAAAAAAAAAAAAAAAAACUUUAACAAAAUGUUCUUUAAACAAAAUAUCUACUUUAAAAAAAUACUUAGUUGGCAAAAAAAAGAGAAAGCUAUCUUGUGGUUUCUUUGUUUGAAAUGAUAGCUGAGUGCAGGUAUCAGGUGAAAGAAGAUAACUUGCCAAUGGCAGGUUUUUAGUAAAAGGCUCAAGUUUCAUUCAAGCACUUUGAUCCUGUGUUCAAAAGUAUUUUACAAGAUGUCCUAAAUAUCCCUGUGUCUUUCGUAGUUCUAUGAAAAUGGCUGAUGCUCAGAAAUAAGCAAAUUACUAAAGUUUGGUCCACAGCAAAAGUUUACAUAAUGUAUAACGGGUACUUUAAAAUUAUGUGGUGGUUAAUCUGGAAAACCACAUUUAUAACACUGUACUUUUUUUGUGAAUGAACUUCGUCUAACUAUUGAAUCGUGUGCUGUCUAGGAAAAAAAAAGCAGACUACGGUUCAUAUACAAUUCAACAUACAGCAUGAGUUGAAUAAAAAAAAAGUCUGCAAUUUGUAAAGUAACUGUCUCCUAUACAACUGAGACUGCAAUUUCCAGCGUGAUGUAAUCCUUAAUAAAUUACACUGAAUCUCCUUGGUUCUUGGUUUCUGUCAUGAUGGGACUUUGAUCAAGGGGUGAUAGUAGGUUAUCAGAUGGCAAACAGAUUACUGUUAUUUCAAAAGGAACAAAGGGGAUCUGUUCAAUUGAUCUAAACCAGUGGGAUUCAACCUUUUUCAAUUCAAGUACCAGUGUUUCCAGCAGGUGUACCAGUAACCAUGUGCAAUCCUAAUGGUUGUUGUAAAGCAGAAGCCUACCCCAUUGUAACCGGUUUUCUCACAAAAAAAAUGUGAUGGCAUCAUCUAAUUAUUUGACAAGAGUUCACCACAAUCAACAACACAGUGGCUGCUUUGGUUCCCCAUCAGUAACUUUGAAAGUUCACAACAGAUACCACUCCUCAUUAUUUCUCAUUUAUCUGUGAUUCAGUGGUACAAACAGAUUGAUACAUUACGAUAGUGUGAAAAGUCUUACGCAAAUACUUUGAUUUCAUCCUCCAUUUUUUUGUUUCUGUUUCAUCCUCUGCUCUGGAAACCAUAGUAAAGAAUAACUGACAUGGGAUUGGCAUUGACAGGUGCCAUAGUGUGUCAUUCUAUACGAGCCACUGGUUAAAAUGUGACAGCUGUAUAAUAAACGUCAUGUGGAUAAAGGAUAUUUUACUUCCUGAGCUAGUACAGAGUUGAUGAUUACAUGCACAACAUCUUGAGGAUGUUUAGCUCACCUAUGAGUAAACGAUGGUAUAAUGCAGAAAAUACUACUGCUUUAAAAAGUGUGAUUUUUGAAUUAAACGAUUAUGAACAGCUUAAACAUUAAAAUUCAAGAUUCUUAAAAGUAG